GCACCACACGCAUGGUCAGAUACUCAGAUGGCUUCCUCCUACCGUCUCCCACCCAUCCCCGGCUCCAAGAGGACGCGCACCAGCGCCGAGGCAGGAGUCUCCGGAGAAGAAGCAAUGACACGGGAAACGGCGGUUGUGAAGCGAGAGGUGAAGCCGGAGGAGGAGGAUGAGGCGUGGGCGUGGCCGCGCCCGAUGGAGGGGCUCGGCGAGCCGGGGCCGGCGCCGUUCGUGGCUAAGACGUACGAGAUGGUGGCGGACGCAGCCACUGACGCUGUGGUGUCGUGGGCAGACAGUGGGAGCAGCUUCGUGGUCUGGGAUCCGCACGCGCUCGCCGCCGCCGUUCUCUCCCGCUUCUUCAAGCACGCCAACUUCGCCUCCUUCGUCAGGCAGCUCAACACCUACGGAUUCCGAAAGGUCAAUCCAGGUCGGUGGGAAUUUGCGAAUGAAGCCUUCUUAGCUGGUCAGAAGCAUUUACUGAAGGACAUCAGGAGGCGACGUCCUUCCAAGCAUCAGAUGGAAUCACAACUCAGAAACGGAAAUGUUUGUCAUCGACAGCCUGAAUAUCUCAACGAGGUUGAUAGUUUAAAGAGAAACAGUGCAGCUCUAAGAGCAGAAGUUAUCACACUUAAGCGGAAAUAUGACAUCUGUAGAUCUCAGCUCAUUGCCAUGGAGCAGAGGGUCCUAAACAAUGAAAGGAAGCAACAGCAGAUCAUCACUUUCUUUGCCAAGGCACUCAGUAACCCAGGCUUUGUGCAGCAGAUUUUGCUCAGUUGUGCAGAUAAGAAAGAGCUAAGAAACACCGCCAAAAGACAAAGGCUGGUGGAAAAUGAAGAACUACAAGUUGUCGAUGUGCCAUUGAAGAAGGGUACGACUGCAGGUAGCAGUGACAGUGGCACAGCUGCGAACAACCAGCCUCUGCCCAAGGGUAGUGAUCAGAACAUAGGCGACAUGUGCGAUGAUGUAUGGGAAGAGCUGGAUGCAAUACCUGGAACUCAAAUUAAACAAUAAGGCAAGGGUGAUAUCGGCUUCGAUAUUGAGGAGUUCACCGGAAGGCCUUGUGGUUGGGUUGAUGACUGCCCAUAUCUAGUUGAGCCAAUGCAGUUUGUGGAACACUAGAGGUAUGCAAACAACAGAAUCUGCCAGUGAAAAAGUGGAGUUGUUCAUAUUACGUUGUGCCAUCUCAUAUCUGUACAUCAGUUAGCCCACUUCUCUGUCAUUGCACAUUUACCUCGAAAGAACAUUGAAAAAAAAUAGCAGCAGUUCUCUCUGAUAAUGAAAACCAGGGAUCUGCGCAAGUUUGAUGGUGAGUUCUAAAUUUUGAUGUAUGCACCUAAGCAUCGUGAUAUUAUUUUGCCUGUUUGCACCAUGCAACUGGGUUGAAAAUGUGUGUUGUUUGAGUCUAUGAAUAGAAGGGAACAUGGAUGUAUGAUGUUCCUUU